AUAGAUCUCUAAGCAAGCGUUUAUCUUUAGUUUCGUUUGUGCUUUUAUAGCUUAUCUUUUACCUAUGCCCUAAUUCUUCAUGGCCCCUAAAGCCCCUAAAUGAACAUAAACCGUUGAAUACUUCAAUGCUGUAGGCAGACGAGGAGCGAUCAGUUUGAUUACAGCAAUGAGCAACUCUACAGGACAGAUUAUUACUUGCCGAGCAGCCAUCGCUUGGGAACCGAACAAACCGCUCUCGGUGGAAACCAUCGAGGUAGCACCUCCGAAAACAGGAGAAAUUCGUAUCAAAAUUGUGGCAACUGGCGUUUGCCACUCGGAUCUCAGUCUCAUCGCUGGAUAUGAUCCUGAUAUAGUGUUUCCUGUUAUCUUUGGUCACGAAGGAUCAGGAAUAGUGGAGAGCGUCGGCGAUGGCGUUACCAAGUUUAAACCGGGUGAUCACGUGAUUCCAUUGUACAUUCCGCAGUGUUUCGAGUGUAGAUCCUGCAAGAAUCCCAAAACUAAUCUGUGCUCGAAUACGCGUCCUAAUCACGGUAAAGGAGUUAUGCCGGAUGGAACAUCUCGUUUCACUUGUAAAGGGAACGUGAUUUACCAUUGUAUGCAUACGUCUACAUUCACCGAGUACACCGUCGUAGAAGAGAUUUAUUUGUGCAAGAUUGAUGCAUCUGCUCCGUUGGAGAAAGUUUGCUUAUUGGGAUGUGGUAUUCCGACAGGGUAUGGAGCUGCCGUGAAUACCGCCAAUGUUGAAAAAGGAAGCAGUUGUGCCGUCUGGGGUUUGGGAGCUGUUGGAUUGGCCACGGUAAUGGGUUGUAAGGCCGCUGGAGCAACUAGAAUCAUUGGCGUCGAUAUCAAUCCGGACAAAUUCAAGCUUGCAGAACAAUUUGGCUGCACAGAGUUCGUCAAUCCAAACGACUAUGAUAAACCCAUCCAACAGGUGCUUGUGGCAAAAACUCAAGGAGGAUUGGACUACACAUUCGAAUGCGUAGGAAAUGUGUCAACAAUGCGGGCAGCACUCGAGUCAUGCUGUCGCGGAUGGGGAGUCUCGGUUAUAGUUGGAGUAGCAGAGUCAGGACGGGAAAUUUCAACACGUCCGUUCUAUCUGAUUGCUGGUAGAACGUGGAAGGGCACUGUUUUUGGAGGAUGGAAAAGCGUUGAAAGUGUCCCAAAGCUUGUCACCAAAUACUUGAAUAAGGAGUUAAUGGUAGAUGAAUUUAUCACCCAUACUAUGCCGAUCGAUAAAAUAAAUGAGGCAUUCAAACUUAUGAAAGAAGGAAAAAGUAUUCGAUCAGUUAUAAUUUUUUGAAAGGAUUCAAAUAAAGUAUA